AUGAGUAUCCCAAUGGAGCUGAUCUCAAUCAGAAACCCUAAUUCAACCUUCCUCCACAGACCUCACUCUCGUCCACCCGUCACGCUUCGUCCUCCUCGUUUCCAACACCUCCCUACCCAACGCAAUCUCACUGCUCCAGCUCUCGUUUCCUGUACCGGUUUACGUCUCCGGUUUAGCUCAGAUACCAAGCUUAAUCGCUCCUUCGUUAGUUUCGCCGCUUCCCGCGAAGAUUCGGAGCCAUCAGGUGUUGAGGUGGAGAAGGAGAAGAGUGUGUUAGAUGGUGAUGAUACAUCUCCGGAAGCAUGGAAGCAAACUCUCGAGUCUGUUAAAGAACAGGUGUCAAAGAUUCAGAGCGUGUCUUCCGAGGCGUACAAUGUUAACUCCCAAAAGGCGAUGACCAUCUUGAAAGAUACUUCAGAGCAGCUUAGGAUUCAAGCGGAGAAGGCUAAAGAAGAGUUGGGUACUAAAGCUAAAGAGGUUGGGGAGGAAGGUAGAGAGUAUAUUCUGAAAGCGGCGGAGGAGUCACCUUCGGAUGUGAAGGAGAUUGUUGAAGCUUUCUCUUCCACUGAGGAUUUGACUGAUGUGGCGAGGACUCAAGAUUUUCAUGUUGGGAUACCUUAUGGGCUUCUUUUGUUUGUGGGUGGUUUUCUUUCCUUUAUGAUAUCAGGAAGCAUUCCUGCCAUUAGGUUUGGGAUGAUUCUUGGUGGAGCUCUUUUUGCAAUGAGCCUGGGGAGUCUAAAGGCUCAGAGGAUAGGAGAGUCAUCUGCUAAGUUCUUAAAAGGACAGAUGGCUAUAGUGGCAAUCAUAUUUUUGAGAGAGUUGAAGGUACUAUUACAGAGAUCUACGUUCAUGGGGUUUUUAACCACCCUUACAAGUGGCGGUGUGUUGGCGUUUUACGGGUACAAGUUGGUGAGCAACAAAGAAAAGGGGCCAAGCAUAGAACAAGGUGGAGAAGAAGAUGAAUCAAGCGAAGGGUUUGUAAGAAGAGAAGGAUAG